UGGAUCGAUUGCUGUGAGGCCACCUGGCUGUUGUCGCCUCCCAGUCUAAGGUAGGUAUGGUUGUCCAGUCUGCCUCUCUUUCCCAUUGCUGAAUCACCCACCUCACGCACACUUUUAUUUCCCGCCUACCUUACCUAUCCAACCUGACACCUCAGCGCAAAGACGCACGCGAUCUGAGUUGAAUUGGGUUUGCCCCAGCCCCCCCUUCCAUCUGUCUCCAUCUCCAUCUUCCAUCUGCCACUUUCCAUCUUCCUCCUUACCUCCCUCCUCCUUACCCUUCUCCCCCACUCCAGUCAACCUUGCUUGCGAUCGUUGAACUGGUCACGUCGCAUCCAAUUGCUUGUCCCUCGUCGUCACUACAAUGGUUUACCUCAAGUCCUCGCUCCUGGCCCUUUUGGCCCUGCCCAUCUCCGGCGUCUUCGCUGCCGAGGAAGCCCCUGUCGACACCGACGCUGUUCCCCCGACCCUCAAGGCUGACAUCGAGACCACCUUCCCCGAUGCUGAUAUCUUUGGUGUGAAGAUCGUCAAUGGUCACCCCACCAAGGCCUUGAUCGAGUUCACCAACAAUGAGGAUGCGCCGAUUCAGGUCGCCAUGGUUGGCGGCACCCUGUCUUCCACUCAGGAGCUUCCCGAGGACUCCCUUCCCAGCGACAGCAUCAUCCGCAACCUGACGGCUGCCCGCUACGACCUGACCAUCGAGGCUGGCGACAAGAAGGCUGUUCCCUACUCUUUUGCUCUCGACGCCAACCCCCAGGAUGUUCUCCUCCAGCUUAUUGCUGUCGUGAGCAACUCCAAGGGCGAUAUCUUCCAGGUCCAGGCUUACAACUCCACCGCCGCCAUCGUCGAGCCCCCUACCAGCAUCUUUGACCCCCAGAUCAUCUUCCUCUACCUCUUCCUGUCUGGUGCCUUCGCUGGUACUCUGUACUUUGUCUACAAGACCUGGAUCGAAGCCCUCUUCCCCCAGGCUAAGAAGGCCAAGUCUUCCAAGAAGGCGCGCACUGUUAGUGUCACCGUGCCCCUGGCUGAGGCUGACACCACUGGUGUUGCCUCCUCGACUGGCAAAAGCUACGACGAGAGCUGGAUCCCCGACCACCACAUCAACCGCCCUGUUGCCAAGCGCGUCAAGAGCGGUGCCAGUGGCAAGCUCAAGAAGGGCGAGUAGGAACGUAGCACCUCUACGAAGCGAGCCGCCUAGAAAAACGUGGAUGCGUUGGACAAGACAGCAACCAUGCGAUCACAGAUUGGCAACCUUGAAGAACCCAACGGGCUGGAAAAGAGCUUAUAGGAUGUUCACAUUGAGUUGACGUUGGAGAAGGAGAAUAAAAGUACUGUACAAUAGCUGCAUACAAGGCACGAAGCCGAUGUUGGCGACUCCCGUAGGAGUUACUGGAGCUUUGUCAUCGCCUCAAAGAUGCGCUUUCAAGAAUAUGUGAACGAUGCCUAGGAUGAUUCUUCCAUUGACGUUGUUUCACUGGCAAUUAACG